AUGGCGACCCCACCACAGAUCAAGGUCAGCAGCACCCCUGCACAUCGCCAACAGGCUGCACUGACGGCGACCAGAGAGGCCCGUAGUUAUCGGGAUAAGAAGGUGGUCUUCCCCAAACCUCCACAGGAGCUGCUCUUCCAGGCAACAGCCCUGGCCCACACAGAGAAGCUCCUUCAGGCCGAGGGUAUCCCUGUGCCAUCCCGUCAGCUGUGCCUGGGAAAGCUGGUGGUUAGAGGUAACAAACCCCAGAGAAAGGGAGAGAUUGGGAACCAGUGGGUGAAAGAUUACCUCACAGAAUAUGCGGAGAGCUUCCCACAAGUCUCCAAUCUCCUCGAGGCCAACGUCGACAGGUGUAUCUACGGCCAGAAAGGGUUCGAGGAUCACACCUUUCAGGAGAUGUGGGAACUCUACCGGCAGCACCAAGCCAUAAAGAACAGGCCAGAGGAGUUUAGAGAUGAGCAGCGGGAGCUUAUAAAGAAGGCAAACAGUUCUGUAAGGAGAUGGCUUAACACACCAGUGACACACAUCACCAGCGCGCAGAUGAAAAGAUUCCGAAAAUAUGUCAACGAGAAAGAUCAACAACUGCAUGCCAGCACCUCCAAGUGUGAUCCUUCAUCAUGGCCAGGUGAUGAAGCUGAACUGGUGGCUGCAAGUCAGGCUGUGGAAGACUUGCUCAAGACCCCUGUUCAGACUAAACUGCCUGCAUCCGCUGUCCGCUCUACUCUGCCUGCUGCUGCUGCUGCUGUCCAGCCAACACUGCCUGCACAUGCUGUCCACUCUAAACAGCCUGCUGCUGCUGCUGCUGCUGCUGCUGCUGCUGCUGCUGCUCCUGCUGCUGCUGUCCAGCCAACACUGCCUGCACCCGCUGUCCGCUCUAAACAGCCUGCUGCUGCUGUCCACUCUUCUCUGCCUGCUGCUGCUGCUGUCCGUACUGCACAGUCCACUAGCCAGCCAGCCAGUCAUGAUCUCCUCUUGGAAUCCCCUCUCACUGACUCCCCUGUGGAGCUGGAGGGUUGGGUGCGUCUGUGGGAAAACCCCAAUGGCAUCCCAUCUGCCGACAUUUCAUGGCUUAAAGAGGACACUGAAAGAGGGCUUUUCACCCCCAUUCAGAUGUAUAAGGAUGUCAAUGGUCUGGUGAAGAGGCGACGGGUGAUGAAGUCAGACCGUAUGUGGUUUUAUCCGCCAGAACCUCCCGGCUAUGUAAAGGGGGCUAUACCCCUGCCACAGCUCUUUUUCGGAGCCGCGUCUUUGUGUGGCGCCCUGUUGGAGUGUGGAAGUGCUCCCUGA